GGAAAUGUGCUGCUUGAUGCAAGGGAAGCUGUCGUAGACAAUGUUGAUAAAGUUAUGGAGAACAUGAUGCAGGGCAAUAAGAUCAGACGAGUUGCAGCUACUCGCAUGAAUGAGAGGUCAUCUCGAUCACACACGAUUUUCCGGAUUAUUCUGGAGUCGAAAGAUGCCAAUCAGAAAGAUGGACCUGUACAUAUAAGCUACCUUAACUUAAUGGACUUAGCUGGUUCUGAGAGAGUUUCUCUGACGAAAGCUGCUGGUGAGCGUCUUAAAGAGGGGGCUAACAUAAACAAAUCUUUGUCAGUAUUAGGAAAUGUGAUAAGGCAACUAAGCGAGGGGAAGGAGUUUAUCAGUUAUCGCGAUUCGAAAUUGACUAGACUGCUCUCACAGGCUCUUGGCGGAAAUGUGCUGCUUGAUGCAAGGGAAGCUGUCGUAGACAAUGUUGAUAAAGUUAUGGAGAACAUGAUGCAGGGCAAUAAGAUCAGACGAGUUGCAGCUACUCGCAUGAAUGAGAGGUCAUCUCGAUCACACACGAUUUUCCGGAUUAUUCUGGAGUCGAAAGAUGCCAAUCAGAAAGAUGGACCUGUACAUAUAAGCUACCUUAACUUAAUGGACUUAGCUGGUUCUGAGAGAGUUUCUCUGACGAAAGCUGCUGGUGAGCGUCUUAAAGAGGGGGCUAACAUAAACAAAUCUUUGUCAGUAUUAGGAAAUGUGAUAAGGCAACUAAGCGAGGGGAAGGAGUUUAUCAGUUAUCGCGAUUCGAAAUUGACUAGACUGCUCUCACAGGCUCUUGGCGAUGUAUAUGGAUCUGUAGUAAAACCUUUAGUCGAUUCCUUCAUGGAAGGUUUCAAUGCCACAAUAUUUGCAUAUGGCCAAACAUCUUCUGGCAAAACACACACCAUUUUGGGCAAUAAAACAGAUCCUGGGCUUUUCCAAUUAGUAUCCAAUCAGUUAUUCCAGCAUGUGGCAGACCAGGUUGAUAAGAGGUACUUGAUUAGAUGCAGUUAUAUUGAAAUCUACAAUGAAAAGAUCAAUGACCUCCUGGAUAAGAGCAAUCAGGGUUUAACUAUAAGAGAAGAUAUCAAAGGAAAUGUGCUGCUUGAUGCAAGGGAAGCUGUCGUAGACAAUGUUGAUAAAGUUAUGGAGAACAUGAUGCAGGGCAAUAAGAUCAGACGAGUUGCAGCUACUCGCAUGAAUGAGAGGUCAUCUCGAUCACACACGAUUUUCCGGAUUAUUCUGGAGUCGAAAGAUGCCAAUCAGAAAGAUGGACCUGUACAUAUAAGCUACCUUAACUUAAUGGACUUAGCUGGUUCUGAGAGAGUUUCUCUGACGAAAGCUGCUGGUGAGCGUCUUAAAGAGGGGGCUAACAUAAACAAAUCUUUGUCAGUAUUAGGAAAUGUGAUAAGGCAACUAAGCGAGGGGAAGGAGUUUAUCAGUUAUCGCGAUUCGAAAUUGACUAGACUGCUCUCACAGGCUCUUGGCGAUGUAUAUGGAUCUGUAGUAAAACCUUUAGUCGAUUCCUUCAUGGAAGGUUUCAAUGCCACAAUAUUUGCAUAUGGCCAAACAUCUUCUGGCAAAACACACACCAUUUUGGGCAAUAAAACAGAUCCUGGGCUUUUCCAAUUAGUAUCCAAUCAGUUAUUCCAGCAUGUGGCAGACCAGGUUGAUAAGAGGUACUUGAUUAGAUGCAGUUAUAUUGAAAUCUACAAUGAAAAGAUCAAUGACCUCCUGGAUAAGAGCAAUCAGGGUUUAACUAUAAGAGAAGAUAUCAAAGGAAAUGUGCUGCUUGAUGCAAGGGAAGCUGUCGUAGACAAUGUUGAUAAAGUUAUGGAGAACAUGAUGCAGGGCAAUAAGAUCAGACGAGUUGCAGCUACUCGCAUGAAUGAGAGGUCAUCUCGAUCACACACGAUUUUCCGGAUUAUUCUGGAGUCGAAAGAUGCCAAUCAGAAAGAUGGACCUGUACAUAUAAGCUACCUUAACUUAAUGGACUUAGCUGGUUCUGAGAGAGUUUCUCUGACGAAAGCUGCUGGUGAGCGUCUUAAAGAGGGGGCUAACAUAAACAAAUCUUUGUCAGUAUUAGGAAAUGUGAUAAGGCAACUAAGCGAGGGGAAGGAGUUUAUCAGUUAUCGCGAUUCGAAAUUGACUAGACUGCUCUCACAGGCUCUUGGCGGAAAUGUGCUGCUUGAUGCAAGGGAAGCUGUCGUAGACAAUGUUGAUAAAGUUAUGGAGAACAUGAUGCAGGGCAAUAAGAUCAGACGAGUUGCAGCUACUCGCAUGAAUGAGAGGUCAUCUCGAUCACACACGAUUUUCCGGAUUAUUCUGGAGUCGAAAGAUGCCAAUCAGAAAGAUGGACCUGUACAUAUAAGCUACCUUAACUUAAUGGACUUAGCUGGUUCUGAGAGAGUUUCUCUGACGAAAGCUGCUGGUGAGCGUCUUAAAGAGGGGGCUAACAUAAACAAAUCUUUGUCAGUAUUAGGAAAUGUGAUAAGGCAACUAAGCGAGGGGAAGGAGUUUAUCAGUUAUCGCGAUUCGAAAUUGACUAGACUGCUCUCACAGGCUCUUGGCGAUGUAUAUGGAUCUGUAGUAAAACCUUUAGUCGAUUCCUUCAUGGAAGGUUUCAAUGCCACAAUAUUUGCAUAUGGCCAAACAUCUUCUGGCAAAACACACACCAUUUUGGGCAAUAAAACAGAUCCUGGGCUUUUCCAAUUAGUAUCCAAUCAGUUAUUCCAGCAUGUGGCAGACCAGGUUGAUAAGAGGUACUUGAUUAGAUGCAGUUAUAUUGAAAUCUACAAUGAAAAGAUCAAUGACCUCCUGGAUAAGAGCAAUCAGGGUUUAACUAUAAGAGAAGAUAUCAAAGGAAAUGUGCUGCUUGAUGCAAGGGAAGCUGUCGUAGACAAUGUUGAUAAAGUUAUGGAGAACAUGAUGCAGGGCAAUAAGAUCAGACGAGUUGCAGCUACUCGCAUGAAUGAGAGGUCAUCUCGAUCACACACGAUUUUCCGGAUUAUUCUGGAGUCGAAAGAUGCCAAUCAGAAAGAUGGACCUGUACAUAUAAGCUACCUUAACUUAAUGGACUUAGCUGGUUCUGAGAGAGUUUCUCUGACGAAAGCUGCUGGUGAGCGUCUUAAAGAGGGGGCUAACAUAAACAAAUCUUUGUCAGUAUUAGGAAAUGUGAUAAGGCAACUAAGCGAGGGGAAGGAGUUUAUCAGUUAUCGCGAUUCGAAAUUGACUAGACUGCUCUCACAGGCUCUUGGCGAUGUAUAUGGAUCUGUAGUAAAACCUUUAGUCGAUUCCUUCAUGGAAGGUUUCAAUGCCACAAUAUUUGCAUAUGGCCAAACAUCUUCUGGCAAAACACACACCAUUUUGGGCAAUAAAACAGAUCCUGGGCUUUUCCAAUUAGUAUCCAAUCAGUUAUUCCAGCAUGUGGCAGACCAGGUUGAUAAGAGGUACUUGAUUAGAUGCAGUUAUAUUGAAAUCUACAAUGAAAAGAUCAAUGACCUCCUGGAUAAGAGCAAUCAGGGUUUAACUAUGAGAAGAUAUCAAAGGAAAUGUGCUGCUUGA